UAUCUGUAUUAUAAAGCCUGUAUCGAGUUUCGACAGUCACUUGUAGUUGACGUUGUAUCAUCGUAGAACAAGGGUUUGUGACUUCUCAUUUUCUCGUCGGAAUCGAAAUAACAAUACAAUCAUGGGCAGAAAGUUCUUCGUCGGUGGCAACUGGAAAUGCAAUGGGACCACUGAAGAGGUCAAGAAGAUUGUUGGCACUUUGAACGAAGGUCAAGUCCCUGGAGAAGAUGUUGUGGAAGUUGUUGUGAGCCCCCCCUAUGUGUUCCUUCCCUUUGUAAAAGGUUUACUGCGCUCUGACUUCCAUGUUGCAGCACAAAACUGUUGGGUUCGCAAAGGUGGAGCUUUUACCGGAGAGGUUAGUGCUGAAAUGCUUGUUAAUUUGGGAGUUCCUUGGGUUAUUCUUGGCCACUCUGAACGAAGGCAGCUUUUAAAGGAAUCAAAUGAGUUUGUGGGAGAUAAAGUUGCAUAUGCACUUUCACAAGGUCUGAAAGUUAUUGCUUGCAUUGGUGAGACUCUUGAACAGCGUGAAGCUGGCACAACACUGGCUGUUGUUGCUGAGCAAACAAAAGCAAUUGCAGCUAAAGUAUCAAAUUGGGAUAAUGUUGUUCUGGCCUAUGAGCCAGUUUGGGCCAUUGGGACAGGAAAGGUUGCAACUCCUGCUCAGGCUCAAGAGGUCCAUGCUGAUUUGAGGAAAUGGAUUCAUGACAAUGUGAGUGCUCAAGUUGCUGCGACUGUAAGAAUUAUCUAUGGAGGUUCUGUAACUGGAGGAAACUGCAAAGAAUUGGCAGCACAACCUGAUGUUGAUGGAUUUUUGGUUGGAGGUGCUUCCUUGAAGCCGGAGUUCAUCGACAUCAUCAAUGCUGCCACCGUGAAGAAGAAUUGAAACUAUAGUUAGGAACUGAUAUGCUGCCUUUGAAGCUGCUUCGGAAAUUUCUUUGUUUUGAGUUUUGGUUAUGUACUUUGUGGCUUAUGCUUGGAACCCUUGUUCAGUACUGAAUAAGUAUGUUUUCCUUUUAAUUUUCUACUUGCAAAAAAUAGUGUAACUACCAUAACAUUUGGUGGGUAAAUAAUGUUGAACGCCAGGGUUUUAAUUGACUUUACUCUUAUCUUCCAUUU